AUGUCCAGAUACAAGCGCCUACUCUUGACUUUUGAUGCUUUCGGCACUCUCUUCACUCCCCGAGAAACCAUCGGCAAGCAAUAUGCCGAAGUUGCCCGAAAACAUGGGCUGUCUGGCUUUACUAAUGAUCAGAUAGAAUCGAGUUUUCGAGCUGCAUUCAAAUCAGAGGCAGGUCGAUUUCCUAAUUAUGGAAAGACCGUGGGGAUGAGUCCUUCUCAAUGGUGGUCCAACAUCAUUAACGCCACAUUUCGUCCUUUCAACUCUGAGAACAGCCUGCCUGAACGACUUGUACCGGACCUGUUGACUCACUUCAGCUCUGCAGCAGGAUACACGUUGUAUCCCGACGUUCUGCCCUUCUUCAAAUCCUUAAGGCAGAUAAAAGUAGCCUCACAUGGAGACUUCGUUUGGUCUAAGCCUAUCAUUGGCGUCAUCACGAACUCGGACGACCGUGUGCCGUCCAUCCUCUCAAGCUUGGGCUUGCAGGUCGGCUUGUGGAGACACGGAACUGACUUCCAGGCCUCCUUCAACGCAGAGGAUGACAUCAACUUUGUCAUGCUGAGCUACGACGUCGGUUUUGAGAAGCCUGAUUCUGAUAUAUUUGAUACCACGAAGCAGAUGGUGCCCGGACAAGAGCGACUUCUGCACAUUGGCGACGAUCUACAAAAUGAUUACUACGCGGCAAAACAAGCUGGAUGGGAGGGGCUCCUGCUGGAUCGAAAUGCUCAAAAUAGACAGGAGAAUUCUGGACCAGUACCGCGCAUCACGGAUCUGCAAGAAUUGACACCAUACAUCAAAUGA